UCCAACAAAAAAAACACACCCACAUUUGGCAUUUCACAGUCCCAAUCCCUCCCUUUCUCCAAAUCUGCAUCUCCAAUGGCCAAACCGCCCCCUCCGCUCCACAAGCGGCCCAGUGGCCGCACCAACCUGGCUUCGUGCAUCGUAGCCACCAUCUUCCUCAUCUUCCUCAUCAUCAUCGCCUGCAUCGUCUACCUCACAAUCUUCAAGCCCAAGGACCCCUCCCUCACCGUCAACGCCGUCACUCUCCCCGCAUUCUCUCUCUCCAACUCCAACUCCACCGUCUCCUUCACCUUCUCCCAAUACGCCACCGUCACCAACCCCAACCGCGCCGCCUUCGCCCACUACGACAGCUCCAUCCAGCUCCUCCACGCCGGCCGCCAGGUGGGCUUCAUGUUCAUCCCCGCCGGCAAGAUCUCCGCCGCCCGGACGCAGUACAUGGCCGCCACAUUCUCAAUCCAGUCGUUUCCUGUCGAGCUGGCUCUGCCGCAGCAGCAGCCAGAGAUCGGGGUCCGGGUCGGGCCGAGCAUGGAGGUGGAGUCAAGGAUGGAGUUGGCGGGCCGGGUUCGGGUCUUGCAUUUGUUUAACCACCACGUGGGGGCCCGCGCCGACUGCAGGGUUUCGGUUUCUGUCACUGAUGGAUCUGUCUUGGGUUUCCACUGUUAGUUUCUUUUUUUUUCUAAUUAAUUAAAUUUAGUAGAUCACUUGUUUUCGAUUUCAUAUGGAAAUUAUUAGUUUAGGAAAUGCAGAAGCGAGAAAUCUGGCUUUUGUUCCUCUUGGGAUUAGCAUUUUGAAAAUAUAAACAGAAAAGGGGUUUCCGUGUUA